GCUGGAUCGGGGGAAUUCACAUCUGGAUCAGAGGUAUGAGCACAUCUGGAUUGGGGUGGGGGGGUCACAUCUGGAAUGGGGUUUUCCCGCCUGGAUCCACCUGGGGGUCCGGGAAAGGGGAUUGGAUGCAAAACCAGGGAAAAUCCAUCAAAAAGUGGGGAAAUCCAUCAAAAAGUGGGGAAAUCCAUCAAAAAGUGGGGAAAUCUGGCUAAAACCAGGGGAAAAAUCCCCGGGGGAAAAACGGGAAAUUCAGGGAAAAAAGGGGGAAAUCUGGCAAAACCGGCCCCGGCAUGAAAAGAUUUUUUUCUUUUCUGGGGAAAGAUCCAAAAGCGAUUCCCAAAAUCCUCCCCAAAUCCUCCCCAAAGCGGGGGCGGGGCCCAGCCCCGGGGGGAGAAAGGCGAGACCCCAGGGGGGGAUUUUGGGGAAUCUCCAGGGGAUUUUGGGGGUUUAUUCCCAUUUUUUUUUUGAGGUUUUUCAUCAGGAAUCAGGGAAAUCUCCAAAUCCGUGGGAUUUUGGCUGCAGUUUAACCAAACUCCCCGGAAAUUCAGGCGGGGGAGCGUCGCUGCCGCCUCCUCGGAGGUUUUGGGUUAAAAAAGACCCGAAAAGGGGAAGCGAGAGAGGUGCAAACGAGGCUGGGAGCGUUUUGGGGUAGAAAAUGCAAAUGCGGAGCUCGGGGGUGCCCAAGCGCGGCGCCGGUGUCACCGCGGCUCUCACACCCAGAGCUGGAAAUCCGGGCUUUUAACCCAAAACUCGGGAUUCUGCCCCAGCAACUGGGGUUUUACCCCCAAAAUUCUGGGGUUUUACCCCCAAAAAAUCAGGAUUUUACCCCAAAACGCUGGGGCUGACGGCAGCAGCUGGGAAAUCUGCGGUUUCGCCCCGCACGGGAGGGAAAUUCGGGAUUUCGGGCGUUUCGGGGCGUCCCGGAGCCGCCGGCGGCAGCGCGGUGGAUCUGGGGAAUCCCUCGGCUCCCCGAUCCCAAAUCCAGCUGUUUUCCCCCCAAAUCCCGGGGGAGGCGGCGGGUUUGGGCGGAUCCGUGCCCGAGGGGGACCCGAGCGAGGAUUUGGGGUGCCCAAAUGGCCCGGCAGGAGACCUACGGCAACUGGCUGGGCCCCAAGCGCCUGCUGCGGCAGCCAGCGAUUUACUCCGUGCCCGGGAAGAUGUCCCCGGUGGGAAACUUCAGACCAGCGUCUCCUGACAGCUUCGAGGACGAUUACGACGACGUCUCCGUGGUGGGCUCGGAUCAGGGCGCCCCCGCCAAAGGCGUUUACCUCCUGGCGGGGCCUCCGGGCUCUUCCCGAGCCCCAUCCCCGAAGGAUCCGGAGGAAUUCAGCCCCAGUUCCCGGGACUCGGAUCCGAAAUCCCAGGAUUUGGCCCCAAAAUCCGGGAAUUCCGCCCUGGUGGCCGUCCUGGCCCUGCUGGUGGCCCUGAGCGCCCUGGCCUGGGGGGGGCUCCUGGCCGUGGCCAUCGGGAAGCACAAGGAAAUGAGCGCGGAACUGGAGCUCCUGAAGUCGAAUUUGUCGGGAAUUUGGGAUUCUGUCCAGCAGGAGCAGACCCGGCUGCAGUUCGGGAUCCACCAGCACCAGCUGGAGCUGCAGGAACUCACCGAGCUGCUGUGCCAGGCCAGGAGCUCCCGGCGGUGCCAGGCCGGAUGGAAAUCCCAUGGGAACAGCUGCUACUCCUUUUCCCGGGAUUCCCUGAGCUGGGGCAGCGCCCGCAACGCCUGCGGCGACCUGGGAGCGCACCUGGCCGUCGUCAGCUCCGAGGAGGAGCAGGUGUUCCUGCUGGAGAACAGCAACCGCAGCAGCUCCUACUGGCUGGGGGUGACGGACAGGGAGCAGGAGGGGAAGUGGCUCUGGGUCACCGGGGAGGAUCCCGAUUUCAGGUUUUGGGAUGUGUGGCUGGAGGACUCGGAGAGGGAGCUGAAGGAUUGCGGCACCAUCGGCCCCCGGGGGCUCUGGGUCAACGCGCGCUGCUCGGAAUUCCACCGCUGGAUUUGUGAAAAACCCGGGAAUUGCUGAAUUCCUGCCUCUCUGCACCCGUUUUGGGGUGGUUUUUAACAGAUCCCUCAAAAGGAAAAAGAAAAAAGGAAUUUUUCCUGGAAUUUUGGCGCCGCGAUGCCGAAUUUUGCACCUGAAGGAUCCAGAAUGACCCCAAAAUCCUCCCAAAUCCAUUGAAAAUAACCCAAAUCCCUCCCAAAAGAUCCCAGGAAACCCCAAAUCUGCUCCUCCCACCCCCUCCCAGCUCCCCAAUAAAAUCACUGGUUUGAACAUGAA